CCCCCAUCCCCACCAACACCUCUCUCACUCUCUCCAUAUAUAUAUACAAACAUAAAGAAGAGAUAAAUAAAAUCAUUCCCUCAAAAAGAAAAACAAAUUAAACACUUUCAGUUUCAGCCAUGGAAGAUCACAAUCAAAAGCCUCCCGUUUGUGUUCUUGAUGCCUCCAACUACAUCGGUUUUUGGAUUCUUAAAGGUCUUCUCAAUAAAGGGUACACAGUUCAUGCAGCUAUCCAACCAAAUGGAGAGACGGAGAUACAGAAAGAGAUUAAAGAGAUGGAGAAAGUGAAUGAGAAAUUAUUUGUGUUUGAAGUUGAUGUUUUGGAUUACCACAGCAUUCUUGUUGCUUUGAAGGAUUGUUGUGCUUUAUUCUGCAGUUUGGAUAGCCCAGAUGGAUAUGAUGAUUUACUGGUGGAUUUGGAAGUGAGAGGGGUGAUAAAUGUGGUUGAAGCUUGUGCCCAAAGUGAUAGCAUAGAGAAGGUUGUGUUCACUUCUUCUUUAACUGCUGCUCUUUGGAGAGAAGAUAUUGGUUCAGAGAUUGUUGUGGAUGAAAGGUCUUGGAGUGAUCCAGAAUUCUGCAGAAAAAUGAAGUUAUGGUAUGCUCUAGCCAAGACACUCUCUGAACAGGCUGCCUGGGCCUUAGCCAUGGACAGGAUGCUAUGCAUGGUUUCCAUAAAUGCAGGAUUAGUUUUGGGGCCAAGUGUCACUCAACAAAACCCCGGCUCAACCAUGUUCUACCUCAAAGGUGCUGCUGAAAUGUACGAGAAUGGAGUCCUAGCUUUUGUCGAUGUAAACUUCUUAGCGGAUGUACAUAUUCGCGCCUUCGAGGAUCGAUCAACGUGUGGGCGAUAUUUCUGCUUCAAUCAGAUUGUGAACACUUCGGAACAAGCUUUUAAGCUUGCACAAAGCUUAAGCCCUUUGAUUCCUUUACCCCCAAGGUAUGAAUGUAAAGGGAGUGAAGUGUAUGCAGAGAGAUUGAAAACCAAGAAACUAAACAAACUGGUUGAGGAUGCUGCUUGCUUUUAAAAGAUUUUAUUAAUUUAUGUUUUAAUAAAUACUAAUUAGUGUAUAUUUUGUUGUUUAAUUUGAGAAGUAAUUCCAAUAAAUUUCCUCAUAUUUCUUUGUUGACAAUUUGUAUUAUAAGAGGCCGAGAAUAUAAUGUAAAUGUCAAGGCUUUUGCUUU